UUACGCCACCAGUCUAGUGGGAGCUUUUGUGCGGAAAACAGCGCAACUGGAUCGCUUUUGUGACCUGUCGUUUGUCACUUGUUGUCGUCGCGGGUUUAGAAGGUUUUCUGUGUUUUGACUAUUGUUGACCGUUGCAAGUGCAAAAAAUAAAAGUGCAACGGUGUUGUUCUGUGCGUACGAAUCGUUGGGGAUUGUUCGCGUGAGGAAAAUCCGCAGCGCGAAACGAAGUAGCAAGUUGCACCACCGGGAAGGUCAAUUUAUGGGAGAAGCCGGCAGUGCCGAGUUCCAGAGCGAACAAAAGGGCCUCCAAAACACGUGCAAAUCUUGACGGCGGCAGCGGUCGAGAAGAGGCACCAGGAAAAGAAGAAAAAAGUCACACCGGACAGCGAGCGAGUUACUGCUAGCGGCCAUCACAAUGUCUCUGCUGCGGUGGGGUACUUCCAAAAACCUGACCCGGUUCCUGCUGAUCCUGCUGAGCGGGGUGCUAACGCUGCUGACGACGGCCAAGGCGAAACCGACCCUCAGCUUCGAGCUGUCGAAGAUCCCCGGCUUCACACAGAUCGUGGAACGAAGGCUGCAGGAUGCGAUGAAGAGUUAUAGCGAACGUCGCCUGGACGGGGCGUCGUUGCGGAUGGUCUACUUCCACGAUCAGACGGUGGCCGUCGUUGAGCUGGGACCGGAGAAGAAACUGAUCGGAUGCGAGCUGAUUGAAAUCUAUAAGGACUCCGACGGCAACGAGCUGCUGCGGAAUCUCUCCUCUAUCAACCGGCCGCUGGAAAUCUCGUUCCGUGACAUGAUCAAACUGAUGGAGCAGUGCGAACAGGUGGAUCGGAUCUACGAAAAGCACAAGUUCCGGGCCGCAUCCUUGCCGCCACAGUCCAAAUCUCUGGAUAAAGUGGACCUUCGAUUGAACGCCGAUGCCGACGAGGGCGAUGACUCGACGACUCCCUCCACGACGACGACUACCGCCAGUUCGGUUAGCAUUUUUCAAUUUCUAACUAACGGAGGCAGCUCGGGCCAGGGCAUCAGCAAGCGGGGGAUCUUCAGCACCAGUCCGUUCUCGCUGUUCAGUGGCAUCAUCCCGGGGACAAAGUGGUGCGGAACCGGAGACAUUGCCGACACGUAUCACGACCUCGGCGAAGACACCACGAUGGACAGGUGUUGUCGGACGCAUGAUCUCUGCCCGUUAAAAGUCCGAGCGUACCAGAAACGGUACAACCUCAGCAAUAAUUCGAUUUAUACGAAAUCCCAUUGCAAGUGCGAUGAUAUGCUGUACGAAUGCCUCAAGAAGACUAACACCUCGGCAGCUCAGGUGAUGGGUUCCAUCUACUUCAACUUGGUGCAGGUACCCUGCGUCGAGGAGACCCCCAAAGGAAUGUCAUUCCGAAAGGCUCGAGAAGGCUUCUAGAGGUGAGGAAGCAAACCAAAUCUGAAGUGCCUUCGACUACAAGCGGCAGGGUUGACAAACCCUGCCCCUAGUUGAAACCGUUUGAGCUGCAGAAUCUUUUCAAAUUCUCGACCAAAUCAAAGAGCAAUUUGCGCCGUUGUGAUUAAUGUGAUUGUUUAGCAAACCUCUUUCUUACUGUAAUUAGUUGUUGUUAGUAGAAACGAAUCAUGAGGCCCUCAUCUUAUACGUAAAAUUUGGUUGGUAUUGGAAAAUGUUUUCCAUCGAACUUGGAAUUUCAAGUAGCCAUAUCUAACUGAUUCCAAACUGAAAGGGGAUACAAAAAAAUCACGCAUGUUUCUUAAAGCGAUUCGUCCGGAAUCAAAUGAGAUUUUAUCAACUAAGCCGUCCUCAAAUGCAUACGCCAAACCUCGCAUGCGUGUUAUUUCGCCGUUGUUCUUUCACACCAACCACAUGGCCGAUCCCAUCGAUAAUCUAAGACAAGAUCUAAGAUCAGCAGUGUGCAAGGAACUGAAAGUUGUCUCUCAUGCAUCAAAAGACAGCUCUAAUUUAUUUACGUUUCGAUUAAAGUGGAGAAAAAAAUGGAAAACAAUAAUGUUUCAAAUUGUUGCGGAUUAAAAGUUCUAAACGGACUCAAAAUAGUGUGUAAGUGGAUGUUUUUGUUUAGGAAACGAAUAGUAAUCUGAUUGAUUAAAGCAAUAAAACAAACGUGUACGUAGAUCCACAGCGAACAGGUAAUCUAAACGAGAACAAAUUAUCUUCGAAAAGUUUUGUAGGAUAACAUACAAAUAUUUAGCAAUUUAGUGAUGGCAGUGCCACCACAAAAUUGCUGCAGUAACCUCACAAGCAUGGGUCAUGCAAUAUGAGAAGACAUUUCCGUGAUUGUGUCCAGAUUGCGGGGUUACUGUACUUACGAAUAUUUUGAUAUUUUGGAUGUUAUAUUUGCUUCACAUUUUCACGUUCUUGUCGGAUGUCUAUUCUAUGUUGUAUAACAAACUACAAAUUAUUGUAUAACAAUGUUAAUAUUAAGUAUUUAUUAUUAAAAGUUGUGAUCGUUCUGGUAAUGAAA